CUCACCAGCACACACAGAUCACCUGAGCUCUCUGUGCAUGUUUCUUACAGUGCGCAGCAGGGGGCGGAGCUUCACGUAAAGUGAAAGUAAAAGUAAAAACGGAGAAACGCGCUGACACACAGUCCGACGGUUCCUUCAGGUCCAGAUCGACCGUUCAGAACCAGGUUAACCUUCCUUCUCCUCUUCCUCCUCGCGCUGAAGAUGCUCCACAGUCUGAAUCCCUGCGAACUGCAGGGGGGAGGAUUCAACUUCGAGAACAGCCGCAGGAAUGAAGUGUUGGAGUCUAGUCUGUCGGAGCUCGGCUGCAAACCCCCCAAAGCCAGAAAGACAGGGACAACCAUCGCCGGGAUGGUGUUUAAGGACGGGGUGAUUCUGGGAGCAGACACUCGAGCGACAGACGACAUGGUGGUUGCCGACAAGAACUGCAUGAAGAUCCACUUCAUCGCCCCUAACAUCUAUUGCUGCGGAGCAGGCGUGGCUGCAGACGCAGAGAUCACCACACAGAUCAUGGCCUCUAACGUGGAGCUGCACACGCUCAACACGGGGAGACCGGCACUCGUCGCCAUGGUUACAAGACAGCUCAAACAGAUGCUGUUCAGGUAUCAGGGUCAAAUAGGGUCAUCUCUGAUAGUUGGAGGUGUGGAUGUGACCGGAGCUCACCUGUACAGCGUUUAUCCUCACGGCUCCUACGACAAGCUGCCCUUCCUCACCAUGGGCUCUGGAGCUGCAGCAGCUGUCUCUGUGUUUGAGGACAGAUUCAAACUGAACAUGGAGCUGGAGGAGGCUAAGCAGCUGGUGUGUGAUGCCAUCACUGCAGGUAUCUUCUGUGACCUGGGUUCAGGUAGUAACGUGGACCUGUGUGUGAUCACAGCAGGGGGCGUGAAGUACCUGAGAGGCUACGAUCAACCCGGCAUCAAGGGGGAGAGAGAGGGACAGUACAGGUAUAAACGUGGCACCACGGCCGUCCUGACCAAAACGGUGACCCCGCUGAGUCUGGACGUGGUCGAUGAAACUGUUCACACCAUGGAGUCGGACUAACACAAACAACAACAACAACAAACAAACAAACCUGAUCAGAGAGAGUCAGAUGGAACAGGUUUAUAUAAAACGUGUCUGUGUUUGAUAAAGCUUCAGUUCGUGCAGAGCUCUGUACCUGAGACGUCUCUGCUUUUAUACUACAGGUGUGUUUGAGAAUCAAAUCAAUAAAGACAGUACUAAAUCAUGA